UUAAAUACAAAAAGCUUGUCCAUUUAAACAGCCAUAACAAAAAACCAAAAUUGUCUCUCAAAAAAUGAACAUUCCCAAACACUUUCUUUCACUUCUCUUCUUCAUCUCAUCCUUCUCACACAUCACUGAAAGCUCAGAAGUCCGAUGCGUUAAAGCAGCUUGUGCAACCCACGAACCGAAUAUCCGGUUCCCCUUCCGAAUAAAGAACCUCCAAACAGAGUCAUGCGGCUAUCCAGGUUUUGACUUGUCCUGUGAUAAGGCCGGCCAAACACUCCUCAAACUACCAAAUUCAGAAGAAUUAUUCACAGUCCAAGGGAUAGACUACGGCACACAAGAUAUAUGGAUAAACGAUCCAAACAACUGUCUACCGAACCGAAUAAUUCAUUCCUUGAAUUUUACUGAUUCUCCAUUCUACAGUGCUUACAGUGAAGACUUCACGUUCUUCAACUGUUCUUUGGAUUAUUUAAGGUACGGGUUGAACCCUAUAGCUUGUUUGAGUGGCCCCACGUACACAGUUUUCGCAACGGCGUCGUCGAAGGCCAUCGAAUUGUUGUCGACGACGACGUGUCGUUCGAUAGGCACUUUCCAAGUCCCGAUUGAAUGGCCCUUUUACGAGCAAGUGUGGUCGUCGGACCUCAGUGAUCAUCUUCGUCUCACGUGGGAUAUUCCCACAUGCGGAAGGUGUGAGUCUCGUGGUGGGCGAUGUGGGUUCAAGGCUAAUUCUAGUCGUGAAAUUGUUUGCUCGGAUAUUCCUGAUCGAGGAAUUCCAAGGAGUGCUCGGUAUGCAGUGUCAGUAGGGGUUGGAAUCCCAGCAAUCUUGUGCAUAGUGGGCAUACUAUGUUUCAUAUGUGGUAGGGUGAAGGCCAUUACAAGAAGAAGUGGGUCCAUUCCAGAGUUCAAUUCGACAGUGGCCCCACAGCCCACAAUCAUUAUGGGCCUAGAUGGGCCGACUCUGGAGUCCUACCCAAAGAUAGUGCUAGGUGAGAGCCGGCGUCUGCCCAAGCCCAAUGACAACACAUGCCCAAUAUGCUUGUCGGAGUACAGGCCCAAGGAGACACUAAAGACCAUACCCGAAUGCCUACAUUGCUUCCAUUCUGAUUGCAUUGAUGAAUGGCUCAGAUUGAACGCUUCUUGCCCCAUUUGUCGAAAAUCUCCCCACCGGACCUAGACCAUAGCUACCUAGAGAUAGGAGAUAAAAGGGUUGAUUAAUUAGAUCUAGCUAGAGAUAAGCCCAAUGGAUAUUAUAUAAUGUGUCUCACAUUCUAUUGGAUAUAUUAGCUUGAAGUUUUGAUAUUUGAAUAGUAAAAUGAUAAUAGCAAAAGCUUCGUUUGUGCAACUA